CAUUUUCUAAUCUUUAGCUAGACUUCAAAUUCAAAGUAAUUUUUUUUUAGUUAUUGUAAACAACAAACACAAAGUACAUACAAUGAAACAACAAUGAAUACCUAAUUACCUCUUUAGGCAUCUAUGAGGAAAAAAUCCAUAUUAAUGUGAAGUUGUGAACAAUGAAUGAAUCUUUUAAUUCCACCGCUCCUGAGCCAAGAAAAGUGGGCGUUUGGACCGAAGGAGCGCCGAUAGAAACAAGAGAGUAUGUAAUGCCGAAAAGAACACCCGAUUCUAUCGAUGAUAUCCCAACUAUACCUGACUUAGAUGAUCUUCAAGACAUUUUAGAGAAGGAGAUUUCUAAACCACCGGCCCAACAGAAGCAAGAUUUUGAAACAGUGAAUACAUUAGCAGAGGUUGGUGGUGCGACUGGAUCUGUGGAAGGAGUGGAGGCUGCUCUAGAGGUGUUGCUGUCGCACGUGCCACAGGUGGAGGCGGACACCGCAGACACUGUGUGGACUGUGGACUCCUUGCUAGCUCAACUGGCUGAGGAAGAGCGAGCUUCGUAAAUGCACCUUACAUUGUCAUACAAUACUUUAUGGUUGGAUCGAGCUUCAUAAAUGCACCAUGCAUCAUCAUACAUUUUAUCGUUGGAUUAUGUAUCGGCUUGUUGAAGCUCUACAAUUAAUGAACAAGACUCAGAUUUGAAAGUUGAGUUCUUUUACCACCCAUUGAAUUACUGUUGUAUUUACUCUUUGCUCAGGCUUUUUCUUUGUUAAAGAAGACGUGACUAAUAAUUGUUUUAAGAGAAAGAAAAGAAAAAUAUAGGGUACUGUAGUCAAGUCAUAGCUUACUAUUUUUUUAGACGGACAAGUGCUUGAUUUGUAAAUAAGUUUGCAAUCUGAGAUGAAAUUGUAAUUACCAUGCUACUGCAAUUUGUACUCCUUCAGCCAAACAACAGGGUUGCCUUUUGUAUUGUAUUUCUAAUUUGCAUAUCAGUUUUUGUUAAUAUUGUUCAAAAGUGGUUGUGAGUGUAGAAAUAAAAAAUAUACAAUAUAAACAAAUAUUUCCUUUAUUUGUCGAGAUAUUCAAUGAGAGCAAACAGAGAUAUUAGUUGCACGAUUCUAGGAAUUAAAAAUACACAAGAUUGCUAUACAUAUUUUAUAACUUACAACACUUAUAAAAUAGUAAUUUAUUUUAUAAGUGCUUUAUUUGUUACUAAUAAUGCGAACAAGUUUGUCUUUUAAUUUGAACAAUUGCACCUCACUCCGUCCAUUAUAAAAGUUUGGAAUGUUUAUUUAUUUAGUUUAUUUAUAAAUAAGUUAGAUUAAAUCUCUUUUUUUUGUGUAGUUAAGUUAGGUUGUCUCAAUAAAAAGGUUAUUGGAACACUAAGAAUGGUUUGAUUUCGAAGUGUAAAUUUACCUGCCACUUUUUAGGAAUUAGCAGUCCUUAAGAUAAAUAAAAAAACUUAAAGGGCCAGUUCACCACCACUGUUUCACUGAAACUGUUUCUGACGGCCUCGGUGGCGCAGUGUUAUGCGCGGUGGAUUUACAAAACGGAGGUCCUGGGUUUGAUCCCCGGCUGGGCAGAUUGAGAUUUUCUUAAUUUGUCCAGGUCUGGCUGGUGGGAGGCUUCGGCCAUGGCUAGUUACCACCCUAUCGGCAAAGACGAAGCGAUUUAGCGUUCCGGUACGAUGCCGUGUAGAAACUGAAAGGGGUGUGGAGUUUCAUCCUCCUCCUAACAAGUUAGCCCGCUUCCAUCUUAGACUGCAUCAUCACUUACCAUCAGGUGAGAUUGUCGUCAAGGGCUAACUUGUAAAGAAUAAUAAUAAAAAAAAAACCCUGUGAAUGAGCUACAUUCACGUUUAUUUUAAUCAUUUGAGAGGUAGUUACUUACAAACUUUUGGACUAUCUGACACUUAUCAGGUGGUGAAACCGGCCAUAAGGUGUUACAACUAUAAAAAUUAAAAUAAGUAUUAAAUGUAUAUUUAUGCUUAGCUUAGUAGUGUUACACGUUUCUAAUGGUUGAUAUUUAAUUUGUCAUCAUUAUCACCUGAUGUACAUCCACUUUAAAGGCGUCCAAAACAAGUCUU